CUGUCAUCAAGCAGCAAGUCGUGUGGGUAUACAUUUUUCGAAGUAAAGUGGGUUAUUACGAUUUAUUUAUAGAGUUUUAAUUCGGUAAACGUCGUAUUUUCGCAUCUUUUUGUACUUUUAACUACGUGAGUGCAAAAUGAGUAAAACAAACAGUUCUAGUAAAGAAACAGAAGACAUUGCAAUGACUGCACAGGAACUGCAUAUACUUUCAGAGCUUGACAGCCGCCAAUAUGGAUAUUUAUUGCUAAAUCAACCAGAAAAUGCAACGAAAAAAGCUUUAGUUCUUAAGGCUGUCAAAUACCUGCAGCUAAUGGUUAUUCAGGCUAGAAGGCAGCAAAAAGUGCAAAAUGAAAAUGAACCAAACAAUUACCAGCAAAACAGUAAUAGCAAAAAUAUUAGCAUUGACCCAAAGACGUGGGUUAAGCUGGGCCAUUUUCAUUUACUCCUCGAAGAGUAUAGAAAAGCACUUUCAGCCUAUCAAAUGUUUUACAAAACACAAGCUGAAAACCAUUGGCAAGAUCCAACCUUUUUGUAUGGUUUAGGAUUAGUUUAUUUUCAUUACAAUGCCUUUCAAUGGGCAGUAAAGGCUUUUCAGCAACUGUUGUACGUGUCGCCUGGCUUUCAAAGGGCGAAUGAAGUUAAUCUAAGGCUGGGAUUAAUGUUUAAAGUGACCCACGAAUACGAAUCAGCCCUUAAACAUUUACAAUUGGCCUUAGUAGACAACAGUCCUUGUACGACAGCAAAAAAUAUAAUUAAGUUUCAUAUUGCCCAUUUAUUCGAAGUGCAAGGCAAGGUAAAAGGUGCAAAAGACAGAUACGAACUUCUGUUGCGUGAUAAAGGAAUCAGUCAAUCGCUUCGAGCUGAUAUUUAUAGACAAUUAGGUUGGCUGUAUCACUGCCACGAAUCGCUGGGCGACAAAAAUCAGCGGAUACCCACAGCAAUACACUACCUGCAAAAGGCAAACGAAGCCGACCAAUUUUCCGGCCAGACGUUGUAUCUUCUGGGCCGGUGUUACGCGAGCAUAGGAAAAGUGCAUGAUGCGUUCAUCGCUUACAGAAACUCAGUGGAGAAGUCUGAGGGCAACGCUGACACUUGGUGCUCUAUAGGGGUACUGUAUCAACAGCAAAACCAGCCUAUGGAUGCGCUGCAAGCGUACAUCUGCGCAGUACAAUUAGACAAAGGACAUUCGGCAGCCUGGGCAAACCUGGGCAUACUUUAUGAGAAUUCACUGCAAGCGAGGGACGCGUACGCUUGCUACUUAAACUCCAGCCGAGGCUACAAAGGUUCAUCCGACGAAUCUUUCAACACGAAAUUACCGCGACUAUCGAACCUAUCAAACGUGGGGAUGAACCCACAUCUAACUCAAAGAAUCAACUUCCUUCAAACCCAUCUAUCAAACGCUCCGAUGCCCAGCGUAACCAGCCAGAGAAGGCAGUUGCUUUCGAUAGAGGAGGCUUGGAACCUGCCGAUAUCUGCGGAAAUGUCUUCGAGACAGCAACAAACCGCCCAAUCGAAUCGCAAUAACAAUACCUCUUCGCAAGCCUUCCAAAAAAGCUACCCGGUACCGCCGGCGGCAGGGGGCGCUACGCCGCAGGGACCGCCCCCGCCGUAUCCCUCGCCGAACGCGGCAGCCGCCGCCGCCGGCAAAAAAUUCAAAACCGAAAGCCCGGAACAAAAAGCUCCUCCGAAUGCGCAACCGCAACCUUCCUUCUGUCUCACGCAGCAGCAAUUGCAGCUGCUCAGCUAUUUCCAACAAAAUGUUAACACACUCACACCCGCACAACAGCAAUCGAUGCAGCAGCUGCAGCAUCAGUACCGCUUGAUGCAACAGCAUUCGCAGCAGCUGAGGAGUCAGCGGCAGUCCGGAGGCGCCGCCACGCCGGUGACGCGCUCGGGGCCGACGUACGCCGCCAACCAGCCGUUCCCGAGCGUGGCCGCCACCGGUCAAAGCAACGGCAGAACCUUCGGCGACAAGCUGAUGCAACCGAAUCCGGUGCUGGUGCCGUCGCACAGGGACAGCUUCGCGUCCCACGCGACCGAUCUGGACGUCAGCGAGGAGGACCUCAAGGAUUUGUUGUCGCAGAAGGAUCUCGCGACAACUUUGGCCGAGGAUUUGCUAAAGCACUUCGGUUCCGAGGACAUCGACGUAAAAGAAGAGAGCCACAAUCAAGACACGCUAUCGUCCGGCCCGUUUUCACCAUCGAACAUGGACGCAAAAAGGGACGACGUCAAACGCAAAGUCAAAUCACCAACGCAAGAGAGUAUAUUAACGAUCAAAUCCGAGCCUCCGUGGGACCUGGACGCUCUGCACUCCAUUGAAAAACGAUCGAAAAUCGAUUACUCCAUCGAAAUGGACGCAGGAAUGGUCAUAAAAUUGUGCAAAAGCGAAGUCGUGAACGGCGACAUAAACAGUUCCCUGAUAUCCGACACGGCGCCUCCGCCCUCGCCUCCCGACCCUCCCAACACGAUACUGAACCACCAGCAGCUGCUACCUCCGACUCCGUCCGUUUACCUCGACAACAAGAAGCACGCGUUCAGCCCGCAGCUGCAGGAAUUCUGCCUCAAGCACCCGAUCGCCGUGAUCAGAGGGCUGGCGGCGGCCUUGAAGCUCGAUCUCGGCUUGUUUUCGACGAAAACCUUGGUGGAAGCGAACCCUGACCACAGCGUCGAGGUGAGAACGCAAAUGCAGCAACCGUCGGACGAGAAUUGGGACCCGCAAACCGGCAAGAAAGUUUGGGCGUGCAUAUCGCACCGAUCUCACACUACAAUAGCGCGGUAUGCCCAGUACCAGGCGUCCAGCUUCAAGGAUAGCUUGAAGGAGGAGCGCGAGAAAGUCGCCAGCGGACUGUCGGACUCGGAUUCGAAGGACUCGACGCACUGCGCCAAGCGGAGGAAGAUCCAGGGCGCGGCGCCGGGCGCGGUGUCCAGCAACCCGAAAAGCUGCAAGGAGCAGAAGACCUUGAAGUUCGGCACCAACGUCGAUUUAUCGGACGAGAGAAAGUGGCGACCGCAGCUGCAAGAGCUGAUGAAGCUGCCCGCCUUCGCUCGAGUCGUAUCGGCCGCGAAUAUGCUCUCGCACGUCGGUCACGUCAUUUUGGGCAUGAACACCGUGCAGUUGUACAUGAAAGUGCCCGGCAGCCGGACGCCCGGCCACCAGGAGAACAACAACUUCUGCUCGAUAAACAUCAACAUCGGACCGGGCGAUUGCGAGUGGUUCGCCGUGCCCGACGCCUACUGGGGCGCCAUCUGCGCCUUGUGCGAGAAACACCAAAUCAACUAUCUGCACGGAUCGUGGUGGCCGAUCCUCGACGAUCUCUUCCAAGCGAACAUACCGGUCUACAGGUUCCUGCAAAGGCCCGGCGAUUUGGUCUGGGUGAACGCCGGCUGCGUGCACUGGGUGCAGGCCGUCGGCUGGUGCAACAACAUCGCCUGGAACGUCGGCCCUCUGACGGCCCGGCAGUACCAACUCGCGAUCGAGCGCUACGAGUGGAACAAGCUGCAGAGCUUCAAGAGCAUCGUGCCCAUGCUGCAUCUCUCCUGGAAUUUGGCAAGAAAUAUCAAAGUCUCCGACAGGAAACUCUACGAAUCGGUCAAAAACUGCCUGCUGAGGACGCUGACAAAAUGUUGUCGGAUACUGGAGUUUGUCAAACAACGUGGCGUGGAGGUAAAAUUCCACGGCAGGGGGAAGAACGAGGCGUCACACUACUGUGGCCAAUGUGAGAUCGAAGUGUUCAAUAUUCUGUUCAUCCGGGAGCAAGAGAAGCGCCACGUGGUUCACUGCAUGGACUGCGCUCGAAAACAAUCGGCAAAUUUGGAAGGGUUCGUUUGCUUGGAGGAAUACAAGAUGCAAGAUCUUUGCGAGGUGUACAACAAUUUCGUGUUGCACGCGAACGUCGCGCCGCAAGACCAAUACCGGCUUGUGUAGAUUUCAAUUUCGAUUUUUUUUCGAUUUCAUUAAGUAAUUAAGCUACCACUGCCACGUGUAACUGAUGUACAACAUAUUUAAUAUAUUUCAUAGAUAGCUUAUAUAUGAAUGAUAUGGUAAUGUCUGAGUCAAGUCUGUCAAUUAGUGCAAUGUUUAAGCAAGGCAUUGCAUAGAAAUUCCUUUUCUUCUCUUUGUUGAAAGUAUUUGUUUUCAAUUGCUAGACUAAAGCUUUAAUUUUUUUCGUAGACACAGAAAAUAAUGUUUCGUUUGAUUCUGCACUGCGCGUCAAAAUUAACGCAC